CGAUCGUUCGUCACCGUCGAUCCGCCGGCAAUGGCGAAUCCAAUCGUCAACGCUGAGUACUUGGAAGGAGUCGAGAAAGCUCGUCGAGAUUUCCGCGCUCUUAUCUCCAGCAAAAAUUGUGCUCCUAUCAUGCUUCGAUUAGCAUGGCACGAUGCAGGAACAUAUGAUUGUAAGUCGAAGACAGGAGGACCUAAUGGUUCAAUCCGAAAUGAGGAAGAGUUCACUCAUAAUGCUAACAAUGGCUUGAAAAUAUUCUUCAAUUUUGUGAUAUUUUUCUCAAAAGCGGAUCCAGAAUUUCAAGAGGAUGAGUGCACUGUUGUGAAGGGGUGGAUCUAG